CUCCCACAGUAUACAGGCUGUAUGAGCGCUAUGGCUGGGUUCAUGUUCGCGCCCUAUAACGCGUAUUCCAGCCAUGGCGGGCGCUAUGGGCCCCCGGCUCCGCAGCUCCCGGCUAGGAACAAGCAGGUGCCCUCCUGGAGAGCCGGCAAAAUCCCCGAGCCCAUGGACUACCUGGACAGCGUCCAGCGGGCCCAGCUGAAAGCGCUCUUGUCCCAGGUGAACCCCAACCUCACUCCUCGGCACCGCAAGGCCAACACCAAAGAGGUCGGGGUGCAGGUGAACCCCCGUGUGGAUGCCGGGGUCCAGUGCUCCCUGGGGCCCCGCACCCUGCGGAAACCAGCGCACCCUGCUGACACCUCCAAAGCGGCUGCCGAGGAGCCCGUGCGCUUCACCCGCCCGGUGGCCGUGUACUCCCCGGUAGUGGCUGGCAGGGUCUUCUCCCUGCCCCAGGGAGGCCGUCCCGCUCGGAAGAGUACGCCGGGUCCUGGCUACAAGCCGUCACCGGAGAGCAAGCCUGGCCAGGAGCCCGCUCCAGAAACUCGAGCUCCGGAGUCAGAGGUAGAGAGUCCCGAGGCUUCCACGGAACAAGGCCUCAGCCAGGAGGAGCAGCAGAAAUCCGCUUUCCAGUUCCUGGAGCAGAAAUAUGGCUACUUCCACUGCAAAGAAUGUAAAACUCGAUGGGAGAGCGCGUACGUUUGGUGCAUUUCUGGAAGCAACAAGGUUUAUUUUAAACAACUUUGUCGCAAAUGCCAAAAGGGAUUCAAUCCUUACAGAGUGGAAGGAAUUCAGUGCCAUGUUUGUACAAAGACUCGUUGCUCCUGUCCACAAAAGAAAAGACACAUAGAUCUGAAGAGGCCUCACCGCCAAGAACUCUGUGGUCGCUGCAAAAACAAAAAGCUCUCGUGUGACAAUACUUACAGCUUCAAAUAUAUUGUCUGAUGUGGAGUACAUCUUGGCCUUUUAAGGAGCAUUAUGUAUAACCACAUAGCACUCUGUAGAAUUACUUGAAUUGGUAGUCCUGUUUGACGAAGCAGUGAAGAAUGGUCUGAAGAAUCAUGUUUUGUAAUGACCUCCUUUUGUAUACAUUGUAAAUAAAGUUUAUCUGACAGUA